AUGCUGAGUGCAGCACCUGGUUCUCCCCCAGGUUCCGUGCAGGUGAUGCACAGAAAGGUCCAGUCGGUCCAGGCAGGAGGAAACGUUACUUUUUCAUGCCGGUCGGUCACAAAAGAAGAUGUGCUACAGGUGACCUGGCAGAAGGAGACAGAGGGGGCUGAAGACAACAUAGCGACUUACAGUACGAUGAACGGCCAAAAGAUAGCGAAGGGCUAUGUCGGCCACGUGAGCUUUGCCCACAGUGAGUUACAAGCCUCGGCCAUCUCCCUUCACGGAGUCACCCUCCAAGACGAAGGAUGCUACAAGUGCAUCUUCAACACGUUCCCCUCGGGGGCUGUCACCGGCAGGAUGUGUCUCAAUGUUUACGCCAUCUCAGACCCCAAAGUGGAAGCUAAGCUUAUACCCAGUCCAGACAAAGCUGAGGACUCUGAGAAAGUGGUGGGGAUGAGCUGCUCAGCAACGGGGAAACCAGCUCCAAAAAUCACCUGGCGCCUUCCCAGCACCCUACAGCAGAAACCAAGGGAGUACCACGUCAGGCUCAGCAACCAGACCGUGACUGUCAUCAGCAAUUUCACCCACGUCCACUCCAAAAUCCUCCAGGACUAUCCCAUCGCCUGCGUGAUCCAACACCCCUCUCUAAACGUGACCCUGGUCCUGCCCAUGGACGCUGUGGUACAGGGUCCAGACAGCAGUGUGUCACCAGCGAUUGCCAUUGCAGUGGGGGUGCUGGUCCCCCUGUCUUCCCUCCUCCUUCUCACCUGCCUCCUCCAUCUCUGCCUCAGGCACCUACGUGACCUGGAGGGAAACCCAGCCCGGCCAUGCUGGGUAGGUCCACCUUUCCCCUGCCUGUUGCAGGGCUCACCCACACCGGUUGCGGGGCUUGCUGCCGGGACUCAGCUCUGCCCAGCCACCCUGGAGCUGGCUGCAUGCCGCCCAGCCCGGGCUGCACCCGGGGCGGGGAGGGAUGAAGGGAUCAGCGCCCAGCCAGACAGCUGGGUAGCAGCACGCUGGGAAGGGGAAACCUGA